AAAAAACUCCUGGAUGUCUUGCUGUUCCCAGUCUCCAGAUCGCUGCUAAAGAGUCCGCUCUCUUGGCCGAAACCGACGGCUGGGCGUUAUCCACUCGUUUACGGCUGUGCCUGCCUUAAGUAACCACCAACUAAACUUCAGGCUCUCCCGUCCAUCCAUCUAUCCAACCGUCUUUCUCCUGUCUUUCCAUCUCGAGAUUCCACCCAGGUUUUUCUCUCUACUGCCAAUCUAGUCGCCCCCUUGACGCAUCCCUGGAAUUGCCCGUCAUGGCGAGCCAGAGUGCCUUCUCGUCGGCCAUGGCCAAACGGUCGCUCCGUACAAUCCGUUCGGAACUCGAGUUUCUCACAGAUUCGUCGGUCCUCACACCCCAGCAGUAUGAGGCGAUUAUCUCCCAACUGCCAGACAAUGACCAGCCUCGUCGUGCACUGCCACAGCAGCCAUCACCACCACCGCUGCGGCAACCGCAACCUGUUCAUCAGCCUCCUGUCAUAGCUGCUCAGACUCAGCCUCCUCCAGCUCCAUACUCGCCCCCGACGAAUCAGUUUGCUGGAAGUACGUUGAACGAGAAGGCUGCCCUCCAAAACCAGUACUCGAACACGCCCCCGCCACCUGCCUACCCGCAGGCUCAAGCGCAACCGGUCUUGUCCAUGGCUUCAGCUCUAUAUGCGUAUACCCCUACCGAUGCUGGUGACUUGGCUUUGCACCCCCAUGAUCGCAUCCAGGUUCUGGAGCAUAUGAAUAAUGACUGGUGGCGUGGUCGCAACGAGCGCACCAACCUCGAGGGAAUCUUCCCUCGCAGCUACGUUAGUGUGAUUGAGGAAAAGGGUGUUGCGGCUCCGCCUGCGCCUACUAACUACGGCAACAUGCCCCUGGAAGUCAGUCAGGGCAACUCCACACCCGUUGAUGCUGAUGGCAAAAAGCACGGCAAGGUUGAAGAGCAUGGCAAGAAGUUUGGAAAGAAACUGGGCAACGCAGCAAUCUUCGGUGCCGGUGCUACUGUUGGUUCCAAUAUUGUGAAUAGCAUCUUCUAAUCUCGCAAUGCGAUGGGUCGUCAUUUCUUGGUCGUGUUUUCGGAAUUAGUUGAAUUGGGCAACUGUCGGCUUUAUUCUUUUCUCACAACGGAAUGGUGUUGGUGGUUUCUUUUGUAUUGAAUCAUUCGGGCUCGUUUGGAAGAGUCCGUCGCCGGUCGAUCUUUGAUUCAUUCCUCGGGGCCGUUUCGAAUCUCCAGAGCACCCUAAGCUCAUUCAACGGGCUUCAUAUUAUCUCAUACUCGAACCGGCAUCUUUAAUUGGGCAGCAACCUCUUUCUUGAACAGAAUUAUUUAAAGAUUAAACAGCAUGCAGUUUACAAUAGAACGUGAAUUAUGCCGGAAACUUAUGACUUCCAGGUGUCUACCAACAUCUUUAAAGGCGCAAGUUCCUGUCUGCAAAGGAAUUCUCCCAUUCCUUGAUUAUAUAUCCUUAUAUAUCCC